AUGAAAGCACUCUAUCAAGAUAUUUUACCCGAUUAUGUUAAUGAAAGAGAAAACUUUCAUUUAAUGUAUAAACCAAUCACAGAAAGCAAAUCUUUAUUGGUCGGAUUUGAAACAAUGUUAAAUGGUUUUCAAAAUGAAUUAGCAGGUAUUUCAAAAGAAAUGCGUACACUACAAGAAUUAUCAAUGAAAUUUAAAUGCACAAAAGAAAAAAUCCAAGGUGUAUUUGCCACAGGUGAAGUUGAGGAGGUUAUAUUAAAAUUAAAACCUUUCGAUAACAAGACCAUCUCUGCCGGUGCUGCAGGUUGUGCUACUGUGGGUGGUGAAGGUAGCACAAGUGGUACAGGUGGCACAUCAACAAGUGGAUCAACUAGCAUAUCAACAGGUAUAAUAGUAGCAGGUAACUCUCCAGACUGGAAAGAUUCUUCAGACUCAUCAGCAGAUCAGACCAAGGCAAUACUCAUAUAA